GGGAGGGCCGGUGCAUGUCUCGCCCUGGGCUCGGCUUAGCGCUCGCCGUGAAUGAGCUCCCCCCGCCGCCCGCUGCCGCCCGGCUCGGCUCCCGGCUCCCCCCGCAAGGGCGCGCAGGCUCCGUGAGGACCACGGGCUGUUCCCCGGGGGCGUCUCCUGGUGGCCCCUCGCCCUUCUUUCUUUCUGUGUGUGUCUUGUGACUUUGUGUGGUGCGUCUCUUUUGUUUCCCGUUCCCUCUCCGGUGUUCUCCUUUGUCGCCGCCUUCUCCGAACCCGCCUGUGCUGUCUCUUGUUGGCCGGGAGUGAUGUUGCACGUGGAGAUGUUGACGCUGAUCUUUCUGGUGCUCUGGAUGUGCGUCUUCAGCCAGGAUCCCGGCUCCAAAGCGGUGGCCGAUCGCUACGCCGUCUACUGGAACAGCACCAACCCCAGAUUCCAGCGGGGUGACUACCACAUUGAUGUCUGCAUCAAUGACUAUUUGGAUGUAUUCUGCCCUCAUUACGAGGAUUCGGUGCCAGAAGAUAAGACUGAACGCUACAUACUUUAUAUGGUAAACUUUGAUGGCUACAGUUCCUGUGAUCACACCUCCAAAGGAUUCAAGAGGUGGGAGUGUAAUCGGCCUCACUCUCCAAAUGGACCAUUAAAGUUCUCUGAAAAAUUCCAGCUCUUCACUCCCUUCUCAUUAGGAUUUGAAUUCAGGCCAGGCCGGGAAUAUUUCUACAUCUCAUCUGCAAUACCUGAUAAUGGGAGAAGGUCCUGUCUAAAGCUCAAAGUCUUUGUACGACCUGCAAACAACUGUAUGAAAACUAUAGGUGUUCAUGAUCGUGUUUUCGAUGUUAACGACAAAGUAGAAAAUUCAUUAGAACCAGCAGAUGAUACUGUACAUGAGUCAGCUGAGCCAUCCCGUGGUGAGAAUGCAGCACAGACACCAAGGAUAUCCAGUCGGCUUUUGGCAACCCUACUGUUCCUUCUGGCAAUGCUUUUGACGUUAUAGCACAUACUCUAGUAACCUGUCACAGACAACAUCAGGGUCUUGGAACAUCAAAGAUCCACUUAACUGCUCAUCCCAUGAAAGGGACUUUAUAUUGGUUUUGCAGAUGUUCAUUUGUUUCCUACCCCCAUUCCCACCACUUCCCUCUCUACAACCUGAACUAUGAACCUGAAGAGGAAUCAUUAGUCCUCUUCUCACUCCCAAACAUUCCCAUGGCUUUCCCUGACCCCUUCUAAAAUAAAAAGGACUCCAAAUGAAAAUGCCAAAUUUCAAUAUUGACACUAGUGAUUCUUACUUUCCUCUGCAAUCUCUCUUAAGAUACUGCCUCUGUUAGCUCUCUAUAUCAUCUGUAUGUGGACAAGGAAGAAUAGUGGCAGAUACAGUCAGUUGGAGGAUAAGGAAGUUGUGUGGAAAAACCAAGAGGAGUUUUGACUCUCCAAUUCAAUAUUUAUGACUCCUCAUUCAGCGCUGUAAGAUCAUCAUACAAGGCACUGUGUCAUCAUGUCAGGACUGGAGGGGAAAUAUUAAGAAUAGAUAGAGUAUAACACCAUUUCCUCCAGGAAGUUUUCAAUGAAUGGGUUUUAAAGAGGGAAAAGACACUGUUUUGUAUGCAACUGCCUUGAAAAAUCUUUUGACAGUAGAAUUUGUGCUCCACAACAGAAGCCCUGUCUUUAGGGGAAAUAAAAAAGUGACUACUGAGGAACACUAGCACACAAGCAAGGCCAGAUUUAGGAAGCUACACUUGGGUAUGAGUGCCUCUUUUAUCUCUCUAAGUGAAUAAUGCACACCAGAUUAUUUUUUUUCUUUUGAAACUGAUCACCAUGGUGCUACAAUAUUUUUCUUCAAAUGCAAAGAGGCAUUUUCUUUACCUUUCUUUUCUUUUUUGAGAAUAAAGUGGCCUUUUCCUGGGCUGACACACUAGCCUUGGAUACUGCUCUGGGUGAUCAUACAUGCUAAGAUGAUGGCAGCACUGAAUAGAAGAAACCUGGUUAAAGACCCUUAAUCCCCUGUGCUUUUUCUCCCUUGAAAGUUUGGCAGACAUUGGAGUAAUAUACAGCUGGAAAAGGGACUGGGACAUUUGUCAUAGAAAGUGGAGUAUGAAGUGAAAAGGGGAAGGGUACAGUAUGUUGAACUCUGGAGUGAAAAUUCAGGCAUUGGUUUUAUAUAUCUUCAUUUCCAACACAAAUGAAAAGUAGAGGCAAUGUCUUUGUCAGCAGGAGAUGGACUCCCAAAGACCUUUAAAUAUUUUUUUAAAAUCCUCUAGAAUAGAAAAUGCAUUAUUUAGAUAUAUCAUAUGCUGAAAGUAUAUAUGUUUGUCCUAUUUAAAGAUAUGAAACGUUUGACAGUUAAGAUUACAAGGUGCUGACCUAUUGGAUGGGAAUUGGGUUACCUAUUUAAGCAUCUGAGCUUAACUGAAAAAUCAUUUACCAGGCAAUGCUUUCCUUGUAGGUUUCUGUUGGACUAAGUAGCCUGAAUUUUGACUUCAAGAGAUGCCAUGAAUGCCGCUGUUUAGUUAGGCUAGCUUUUGCCCCAAAACUGUUAGGAACAAAGCCUUAGGACAGUGGUUAGAUUCCACUCCCAGUAGGGUUUUCACCAGAUGAUGCAAACAGACAGCAUUUUGUGAAUGUCUCUUGGUUUUUUGAGAGGAAAGUAGUUUCUAAAGUUUAAGAAUUGCAGGAUUCAAAACAAGUGAAAAGAGGAAAAGUGGCUGUAUAAGGCACGCUGGGCUUGCCUGAUACCAUACAGCAUGGGUUGCAUCUGAGAGCAAAGAGAUAUCAGAUAUUGCACACACAUAACACAUGUCACAGUCUACAUUGAAGGAUGCUCUUCCUUUCUUUACAAUACAACAAAUAAAUCUCUAGCCGAUAGGUAUGCUUGAUGCAUGUACACAGCUAGGAGUGGGAGAGCUGUAAGGGUAAUAACCUUGAAGACAGUGAGCAAUGUAAAGAUAAGGUUGCGUACAAGAUAGCAUUCCUGUGAAGAUAGCAUAUCAGUCACAAACAUGAGAAGCACUGCUUUGAUAUGCUGACAGUGACUGUAGUAGUUUCCCUAUAAUUUACAAAUAAUGAAAGCCUAGACUCACAACUCACAUUUUUUUCAAGAGCAUGCUUUUUAAAAACGAAUUUUCAUUACAAUGAAUUCAACCUUUUGCUUUGGCACAGUGUAAUUGCUAAUCCAAUGAAUAAAAGUGACACUGUAUUACAGUGAAAAGGUGAGCUGCUUAAAAUGCAAGUCUUGUGGGUAGUAAGUUUACAGGACCUGCAUUUUGGAUAUUUGAUGGCAUCAGGCAAUCUCAAUUACAUCAAGCAAGAAACGUCUUCAGAUUUGUGAACCUCUCUGGUGUAUGUGUUGUCUUGAGUAACAAAACUUGAAAAAGAUGUCAGCAUCCAAGCGUACAACAGCCCUUCUCCCCCAAUGAAGAGCAAAAUUCCACCACCACAGCGGCCCUACAGCCCUGGCAAGUUUGCUUUGUGUGUCCCACUCCUGAUUUGCCGUGGGUUUUGCAAAGGAAAACGGGGAAAUAAGGAUCAAUCUGUUUGGUGGAUACUGUGUAUCCUUUAAUAGACAACAAGGUAACCUUUCGUGUUAGUUUAGAAAUAUUGUUUUGUACUGUACUUUCUUGGAUGGCAAAGGAAAGACAAGUAAAACAAACGAAAAAAAUAACUAUGUUCUUUAAAUUCUGUAUUAUUAGCGGCCUCUGUUGUAUAUAGUGUUUGAUAAUAAAGUAUUAAUUUGA